GUUGAGAAUUUCUGAAGUCACACACCCCACGUUUCACAACCGCUCCCUCCGUGUGCUUCGAUCUUCUUUCUCUGCGAUCACCGUAAUUCUUAGAUCGGAUCUAUCUAUUCGACGUCGUCGUUUCACCAUCAAUGGCUCCGUUCAGCGGCGAUGAAACGGCACCGUUUUUCGGCUUCCUCGGCGCCGCAGCUGCACUCGUUUUCUCAUGUAUGGGAGCGGCGUAUGGAACGGCAAAGAGUGGUGUCGGUGUGGCUUCAAUGGGAGUGAUGAGACCGGAGCUGGUGAUGAAGUCGAUUGUUCCUGUUGUUAUGGCUGGAGUUUUGGGUAUUUAUGGACUUAUUAUUGCUGUUAUUAUCAGUACUGGAAUUAACCCUAAGGCCAAAUCUUACUACCUCUUUGAUGGUUAUGCGCAUCUCUCCUCUGGUCUUGCCUGCGGGCUUGCUGGGCUCUCUGCCGGCAUGGCUAUUGGUAUUGUUGGUGAUGCUGGUGUCAGAGCCAAUGCACAGCAGCCAAAACUUUUUGUUGGAAUGAUUCUUAUCCUCAUCUUCGCUGAGGCUCUUGCCUUGUAUGGUCUCAUCGUCGGUAUCAUCCUCUCUUCUCGUGCUGGUCAGUCCAGAGCUGAGUAAGAAAGGAGCUGUGCUGCAAAAUAUUCUUUGACAGCCUUCUUAUUAAGAGGGCCACAGGGGGUUAAUUUUUUAGUUGUGAGGUUAGUGAUUCGGACACCAUUUGCAGGAUUUAACAAAUACUUAUGUGAAAGCAGUGGCUCCACCUGCCAUUUGGUAUGUUUGUAUAAGUAGUUUUUCUUUGCUUAAUAAAGCUUCUUUAGCUUCA